AUGAAUCCUAAUCAUAACUUUCACAAUGGUAUUCCGACUCAACAAAAUCAUAAUGGCUUUUAUAAUGGACAAGCAGUGAAUCAGUAACAAUUGUAUAGACCUAAUGGUGAUAUCAAUGGCUAAGCAUCUAUACUUUAAACUAAUCAGUUGAAUAGAUAGUAGAUUUCAUUCAGACCGGGUGGCAUCAUCGGAGCUAGUCCUUCCAACAUCCAAUAGCUGAACUAAAACAAAUAGUUAAUGCAAUAGCAAAGAGUAAUGGGUACUUUCCCACCAUAGAAUUUAGCUAAGGCACCACAGAGUGAAAUCUGCCUAAAGCAUAAUGAAAACAAUGUUGCCUUUAACAAUCAUUCUAGAGAGAUAGUUUGUAAUUCUUGUAUCUUUGAAAACAAGAUGGGUGAUCUUAAAUUUACUGCUGUCGUAGUCAAGGAAAUAUAAGAAAAAUUUGCAAAAGAGUUUGAAAACUACAGAUCAAAGAUGAGCCAGAUGACUGAAGCAGACGUAGGCAAAGUUAAGAUUUAGAUCUCUGAACUUAUCUCAUCUUUCUUCUUAAAUUUGAAACAGACUCUGACUUAAUUUUAGCUAAGUGUAGCAAAGAAGAUUGAGAAUUCAGAAAAUCUCAAGAAUCUUGAUAGAGUCUUUGAACAAAACAAGGAUUUAAUUCAAACUGAUCCUCAGCAGCCAAACAACUUUGAAAAGGAGAAGAAGAUAUUUGAUGAAAAAAUUAACAAAGGUAGAUUUGCAUAUGUGGUUAAAAGAUAAGAUUUUUACAAGGGAUUAAUCGAAAAUCUUGAUAAAUCAAGACUCAAAAUGAAACAGACCAUAGAUGAAAGUCUUACCUAUCAGUCUAAGAUUUUGCACGUUAACAAUAAUGAAAGACUCAUAUAAGAGAAGUUGGCUGAAAUAAUGAAAGAUUGCAUAUCUAUUGACUCACUUUAGCCCGAGGCAGGUUUAGGACUUAAACUAAUCAGAUCAAACACUGCUCCUCAUAAUUAAAUGAGCAUCAAUAAUAAUCAUCCAGUACAACAUCACCCUAUUCCUAAUCAUAUUAUGAUGCAAAAUAGACCUAUGCAAAUGCAACAGUAAUAGCAAUAACCAAUUUAAUAGUUUAAUCAAAUGCCAAUCCAAAAUAAUAAUGCUAAUUUAUCUCCUACUAGAAUGCAAGUAGAAAAUAUUCAACGACCGAAUGGAAUGAUGCCACUUCAAAUGUAACCCUUACAAUAACCAGGACCACUGUAGCAACAAACUCUCAUUAACUAGAUGACUCCUCAAUAAUUUUAAAUGUAGUAAUAGCAGUAGUAGUAGUAGCUCUAAUAGUAACAAAUGAUGUAAAGAUAAGGUGCACAAGCAAGUCCAAUACUUGUACCAAAUCAAUAGAUGGUUCCUCUUUAGAUGUAGAACAUGGCUUAAUAAUUAAACAGACCUCCUAUUUAGCAAAUGAAUUAAAUGCAAUAACCUGUAAAUUUAUAAUAAACUCAACAAAUUGCUCCAAAUAUUAUGAAUGGCUAAAUUCCUCAACAAUAAUUUCCAUAAAUGAUGCCAAAUUAGCAGUAAUGGAGACCAGUUGUUUAAAAUGGAUAAUAGAUAAACCCAUAGAUGAACUAACAAAUUUAAUUUGGAAAUAUUUAGUAAGUUCCAUAGCAGAUUCCUCAAGUUAUUUAGCAGCAAGCGAUCCCUUAAUCAAUCUAAUAACAAAAUAUGAAUGAUGAAGUACUUAUUACUGGCUCAAACUUUAAGAAACCCAAUAUAUUAGAGUAUCAAUACAACACAUUCUUCAAACUUAAAUCUAUGAAUUUACUAAGAUUAAUACCAGGUUAGGUCUGGUAGAAGUAUCAUGAACAUUAAUAGCUUUUGCUAGCUAAAUGUGUAUUCACUCUUGAUGAGAGAGUCUUUGUGGUAGGUGGUGCCAGGGAUUAAAAGGCCAAGGAGACAUUAGCAGAUCUUAUUGAGCACAAAUAAACUGGAGAUGCUCUUGUCACGAAUUAGAGAGCAUCUAUGAUCACUUCUAGAGCUUCAUUUGGCUGUGUUUAUAGUCCAGUUAGAAACGAAAUAAUAGUUGCAGGGGGAUACGACAAAGGAGAAGUAACUAAGAAGUGUGAAAGAUAUUCGUUAUAAGAAAACAAGUGGUACCCACUCCCAGAUUCAAUUGAGGCCAAAUGCUCUUAAUCUCUUUGCAUUUUAGAUAGCAGAUAUUUAUACUCCAUUGGUGGAUUGAGCAAAAAUAACGAGGCAUCUAUCACACUGCAAACUAGCAUUGAAAGACUGGACUUAAAAUGUGAGUAAGGCUUGAAAUGGAUUUAACUUUAAAUGAGACUUAAUGAAGCAGCUUGUGAUGUAGGAUGCUUGCCUCUCUCCUCAAAUGAAAUGUUGAUAUUUGGUGGAUGGAACAAGAAUCCCCUUUAGGGUACCUAUAUCAUUAAGAAUGUUUCAGAUCAGCAGGCAGCAGGCUAAAUUGUUUAGCCUAGAUAGGAUCCAUUAAGACAUGAGUUGAAACCAUUGAUCGAUGGUGGAAUUGACAGAGCUGACUUCUUUAUGAUCAGUGGUAUCGCUAUGCAAACUGGAGAGCCAAAUAAGAUUAAGGUAUGUGGACACACUUAGCUCUUUACUUUCGAUAUCGAGCAAAGAAAAUUCUUGUGCUCAAGUAGCGUAUGA